AUGAGGUUUGUUGUUAUUGGGGAACACUCCUCAACAUACCGCAUCCAGUCGCCUUCUACCCAGCUCGCCGUCUCAGCCUCUCAGAUACUAACGGAUGCUAUGAUUCGAGCGGCAACAAAGCAAGGGGUCUCCUUGUUGUGUUCCGACUCACUGAGUUAUCAGCUGCAACAAUGGCGAGGCAUCCGAGUUAAGGUUCGAAACAACAAUUUAGAUCAGGCAUUAGCUUUAAUGCAGAGGAAGAUGCAAUCCAGCGGCAUCGAGCGCAUGAUAAGGAAUGAACAAACUUGCCACAUUAAAAACUCCGAGAAGCGUGUUCUAGCUAAGAAGAAUUUGGAGCGCAAGAUUCGUGCACAAGACCUCGCCCGCAAGCUCAAAAUGAUUCUCGUGCAGAAAGUCAGUGCCUUGAAAUCUAAAAAUGCAUGUAAAGAGGAUGACUGUUUCUAG